CGCGCCGGCCGCGCUCCUGGCGCUCCACGCUGCGGCCGCUCGGAGCAAUGAUUAACCCGGCGGGGCGGCCGGCGCGGGGCCCGGGGCGGAGGCGCGGGCCCGGGGCGGGACCCCGCAGGGCCGCUCGGCUUCCUGCUCUCGCCCAAGUUUCCUCGUAGAGGCGCGGCGCCGGCAGGGGCCCGCGGCACGGCGUGGCGUAGGGCGCGGCGCCGGCCUCCGGGUCACCAUGAGGACUCUCCGCAGGUUGAAGUUCAUGAGUUCGCCCAGCCUCAGUGACCUGGGCAAGAGAGAGCCGGCCGCCGCCGCCGCGGACGAGCGGGGCACGCAGCAGCGCCGGGCCUGCGCCAACGCCACCUGGAACAGCAUCCACAACGGGGUGAUUGCCGUCUUCCAGCGCAAGGGGCUGCCCGACCAGGAGCUCUUCAGCCUCAACGAAGGCGUCCGGCAGCUGCUGAAGACAGAGCUGGGGUCCUUCUUCACCGAGUACCUACAGAACCAGCUGCUGACGAAGGGCAUGGUCAUCCUGCGGGACAAGAUCCGCUUCUAUGAGGGACAGAGGCUGCUGGACUCGCUGGCGGAGACCUGGGACUUCUUCUUCAGCGACGUGCUGCCCACCCUGCAGGCCGUGUUCUACCCGGUGCAGGGCAAGGAGCCAUCGGUGCGCCAGCUGGCCCUGCUGCAUUUCCGGAACACCAUCACCCUCAGCGUGAAGCUGGAGGAUGCACUGGCCCGCACCCACGCCCGCGUGCCCCCCGCCAUCGUCCAGAUGCUGCUGGUGCUACAGGGGGUGCACGAGUCCCGGGGCGUGACCAAGGACUACCUCCGCCUGGAGACGCUGAUCCAGAAGGUGGUGUCGCCCUACCUGGGCACCUACGGUCUCUAUUCCAGCGAAGGCCCCUUCACACACUCCUGCAUCCUGGAGAAGCACUUCCUGCGCCGCUCCCGCUCGGGGGACGUCCUGGCCAAGAACCCGGUGGUGCGCUCCAAGAGCUACAACACGCCGCUGCUGAACCCCGUGGCCGAGCAUGAGGCUGAGGGCGCGGCGGCCGGCGGCCCGGGCAUCCGCAGGCACUCGGUCUCUGAGAUGACGUCCUGCCCCGAGCCCCAGGGCUUUGCUGACACGCCCGGCCAGGGCCCCACUGGGGCCUUCAGACCGUCCCCGGCCCCGCAGUUGGGGCCCUGCCCCAGCAGACUGUACCCCCCCACGCAGCCCCCCGAGCCCGGCUCAGGUGCAGCCCACAGCUCCCCGCCCUCCUCCAGCCCCGAGAACCUCGUGGACCAGAUCCUGGAGUCAGUGGACUCAGAUUCCGAAGGCAUCUUUAUUGACUUUGGCCGGGGUGGCGGCUCGGGCACAGCUGAGUUUGGGGGGGCCGGGGGGCGGCAGAGCGUCGUGUGAGGGCUCAUGUUUUUACUGACCCCGUGUGUGUGCCCGUGUGGUGCGCGUGUGCGAGUUUUUUACUCCGUCCUGUCUGUCCCCUGUGGCCUCAGCCUCGUGGGCAUCCCCGAGUCCUUGUUGGGAUAACGUUGACCCCCGACUUCCCCAGCACGGCUCCGUCCUGGGGCAUCUGCGUCCGAGGCUCCCCCUGCCUCGCGCAGGUCACCAGGUGCACGAGGCAACCUCAUGUGCGUGGAACAGGUGUCGCCACUCACGCCACCCCCGGCCCUCCAAUGUCCACACCCACGGAGACUGUGAAUCCCGGGGCUCGGCCAGGCCCCCAGAAGGACCCCCAGAGCAUUGGGGGUCAGUAGCAGACCUGCCGUCCCCUUCCCCGCUCGCCUCAGGCCACAGUGCCACCUCCUGUGUGUGGCUGUCCCAGCCCCUCCAAGCGGCCUGUGCUCGUUCUGCCUGGGGUGGCUGUGGCAGGGAGAGGGUGGAAUAAAACAUGUCU